AUGCCAAGAAGAAGCCACUCGCCUCCGAGGCGGCUGCCGGAAGCUGAGCCCGAGGAGCUCUACGGGCCCGAAGUACGGCUAGAAGAGGAGGGCUUCGCCUGGUACAACCCGGACAAGUGGUAUCCCGUCGAGAUCGGACAGGUGUUUGAGUCACGAUACCAGGUGCUCUUGAAGUUGGGCUUCGGUUCGGCUUCUACCGUGUGGUUGUGUCGCGACCUGAACUCGCAUUCCUAUGUCACUUUGAAGGUAUACGAAACGGGUCAUCGGCAGGCCCUGAACGAGGAAAGGGUGCUUGACCAUCUGUGGCGUGUUUCCUCAGACCACCCGGGUCGGAGCCUUCUUCGUUCGAUCAAGGCCAGCUUCGAAGUAUCGGGCCCGGCAGGUCCACAUGUGUGUCUCGUUUUCGAAACACUCGGCCUGUCGUUGGCAGAUAUCCGGGAGCUCGCCGGUGGCAAAGUCCCAGAAAACCUCCUGAAAGGUCUGAUAUAUGCUCUGCUGUUGGGUCUGGAUCACAUGCACUCCGAGGCGCACGUAGUUCACACAGACAUCCAAGAUGGAAACAUCAUGCUUGCAAUCACGGACACGUCGAUCCUUGACGACCUUGUGGAAGCCGAGUGGGCCUUGCCUAGUGCGAGGAAGAUUGUGGGCGAACGGAUCACCUACGCAUCCACAGGGCUAGAGAUCCCCGACGACCCUGGCGAUCCAAUCAUUUGCGACUUCGGUGAUGCUCGGUUCGGCGACGGGCCGUUUGAGGGUCAGGUGAUGCCCGAUCUGUACCGUGCCCCUGAGAUCAUCAUUGGAAUUCCUUGGGAUGAGAAGAUAGACAUUUGGGCCCUGGGACUCAUGAUUUGGGAUUUGUUCCAAGGGAAGCUGCUGUUCAACACCAGGCACCGAGACCGCACGGCAUCACGAGCAGCGCACUUUGCCAGGAUGGUAUCUCUCUUGGGUCCGCCACCCGAUGACCUGCUGGAGAGAGGCUCGUCGUGGAAAGAGUUAUUCGACAAAGAAGGGAAACUGAUGAUCGAUGGCGAGAUACCGGAAUCGUCGCUCGAGGAAGAAGAGGGUAAUCUGGAGGGGUCUGAAAAGGCCGAGUUCCUCAUCUUUUUGAGAAAGAUGCUUCAAUGGAGGCCGGAGGAUAGGCUGUCGGCGCGAGAACUGAUGGAGGAUCUUUGGCUGAAUCGCCAACAAUCUGAUGAGUAA